UACGGCCACUUUACGUGCGGCGGUGGCGGUCCCUUCACGGAGCCAAAAUGGAGUAGUUUCACGGACACAGCGCGUGACGGGCGAAUUGAAAACGAAUACGUCACGGUCAUGUGAGCUUUGUUUACUUCCGCCCACAGCUUCACCGCACGUGUUAUGGACGGCCAUGGAUGCCGGUGCCACCCACGUCCCGGCCUUCGGUCCAGAAGAGGCCCAGAGGAUUGUGGCUCAUCUUCAGCAGCCUGCCGUCUUCCUAAACAUGACGCACGGCUGGCCCGUCCUCGGCUGGACGGUAGAGAACCUGCAGGAACGUCUCGGCAACAGAACCGUCCGAUUCCGACUGGGAAGAAAAGAAGAGACAAACUGGCCUCAGUUUGAAACUCAAUGUUGCUAUGUGGAAGCAAGCGUGAGUCAGUUCCUCAGAUGGUUAAAAGGCAACACAGGGGAGGAUGUGGGAGCUUUCCGUGACUACCCACGGUUUCAGUUCUGGGCUUACGCCGACUACAAGUACAUCGCCAAGAUGUUUGCACACCAGCCCGACGUGUUUGAGGAUGUAAAAUGGGAGGCGUUCGGGUUCGAAGGCCGUAACGGAAAAGAGAGCACACUGUGGAUCGGCACAGAGGGCGCCAACACGCCGUGCCACCUUGACUCUUACGGCUGCAACCUGGUGCUGCAGGUACAAGGGCGGAAGCGCUGGCACCUCUUCCCUCCGGAGGACACGUCCAAGAUGUACCCGAGCAGGAUCCCGUACGAGGAGUCCAGCGUGUUCAGCCGCGUCAAUGUCCUGCGUCCGGACCUCUCUAUCUUUCCUGCCUUCCGGCACGCCGGCGCGCAUGUCGUCACCCUCUUGCCUGGACAGGUUCUCUUCGUGCCCCGCCACUGGUGGCACUACGUGGAGUCUCUGGACGCCGUCACUGUCAGCGUCAAUUCCUGGAUUGAGUUGGAGGAGGACCACGUGGCGCGCGUGGGCGAGGCCGUGACCAGGGCGGUGAUAUGCGCCAUGAAGAGCACGCAGGGCGAUGACGACGCCGGGUGCUGGCUCAACCCCACAGAGGAGGGCGUGACAUCCCAUAAUGACAACAUGCACUACAUCAACUUGGCUUUGCAGGCCUGCGCUCAGCAACAGAAGAUCAAACCCACUUUGGAAACCAAAGACACUCCCCACCCGAAAAAGCGUGACUCCGGCGGUGACGUCCCCUUUGGGCCAUGUCUACUUCCUGUCCCCCGCCUUCCACAACCUUUCCACCACGACGGCGAUGACGGUCCCAAUAAGAUGGAUGAGGCGCCCUUGGGCACUGACGACCUUCUGGACUGUCUGCUUCAUCCAGACGUGGUCGCUAUGGUUACCCAGCUCCUGUUGGACAAGCAGAGGAAACCAUCACUCCAAAAAUCAACAAUCGCUGAUGGCCGAGUGCUCUUACCUUGAUGCAAAUGAGGCGGCAUCAAAAUGAACGAUGGGCGACUUGUCGACAAUAAUCCAAUCAAAGCGGUUUGUUUGUCCGUGUCGGCGUCACAUUGUUCAUUGUAAUCACGUUUUACACAUGUAAACAUGUUUGUUGCCUAGCACGGCAGAGAACUGUCAUAAUGAUGACGCAACAACGUGGGAAGCUUUCAGUCAA